AUGGACGCAUCAACUACUGGCGAAGCCAAAUCGCGCUUCCCAAUUGUCGGAAGUGAUGGGUGGUCCACCGCGGACGAAGCAACCGCAACCUGCUUCUGCGGCGCCGUGCAAUUGUCUUUUCCAACCCACGGUCCCGGAUUCGUGGUCUCCUUCAUCUGCAACUGCACCGACUGCCACAAAAUCACGGCCUCGAUGCAUUCGACCGGCUUCAUCGUCCACGACACCCACCUGAAACAUCUGCGCGGGCAGGCGGUCCUGAAGACAUACACGCAGCCCAAAUCCCCCGGGAGCGAGACGACGGUGACCAACCACUUUUGUUCCACGUGCGGAUCGCUCAUGUAUCGCGUCAGUGCGGCUCAUCCGGGCAUGAGUGCGCUACGGGUUGGGACGGUGGACGAUUUUUCUUUGCAUGAAACGAGGUUGCGGCCGACGGUGGAGUUGUUUACCAAGGACCGCGUAGCGUGGAAGCCUCCCACCGCUGGGGUGGAGCAGUUUGUGGCCGAUGGGUUGCAUUAG